UCUUUGGAAGAAUGUCAGUGGUGCCGAGCCUCCUGGGAGUCAUGCCUUCUGUGUUCGGAAACCAAUGCUUAAAAGAUGCUCAAGCGACUUGCCCAGGUGGAGGAACCCUGAUGCAUGCAGAGCAAAAAUCCUGCAUGGAUGGAGAUCUCAAAAUUUUCCCCAGUGGGAACAAGUUGCCUGGACUCUCAAAAGACGAGCCGCUCAAUGAUGCAGACAAUCCUUUCCAAAAAUGUGGAGAAAAUGGUGGAAUGGACAGAAACGCAAAAGAGACGGCUGAUCAGAUGAAGUGGAUUCGUCCGGAUUUACCCAGCAAAUGCACCUGGAGGCCAGGGACUCCAAUGUCAGAGUCCCCUCAUAGCCAGCCGCCACGCAUCAAACCACCAAGCAUCCUCCCCAACAUCCUGGGACACAUUGGAUACACGCCUCUGGUUCGCCUGAAUAAAAUCCCAAAGGAGUUUGGGUUAAAGUGUGAAAUUUUGGCCAAGUGUGAGUUCUUCAACGCAGGAGGCAGCAUUAAGGACAGAAUCGCUCUGCGGAUGGUGGAGGACGCUGAGAGAGAAGGGAUCCUCAAACCAGGGGACACAAUCAUUGAGCCCACUUCUGGAAACACGGGAAUCGGCCUUGCUCUCCUAGCAGCUGUGAAAGGCUACCGCUGCAUUAUUGCUAUGCCUGAGAAGAUGAGUAUGGAGAAGGUGGAUGUGCUAAAGGCUCUCGGAGCAGAAAUUGUGCGCACUCCUACAUCUGCAGCGUUUGAUUCAGCGGAGUCUCACAUUCGCACAGCUUGGAGGUUAAGGAGUGAGAUUCCAAACUCGCACAUCCUGGACCAGUACCGUAACGCCAGUAACCCCCUGGCUCACUAUGAUACAACGGCUGAAGAAAUCCUGGAGCAGUGUGAUGGUAAACUGGACAUGCUUGUGGCCGGAGCCGGCACAGGUGGUACGCUCACUGGUAUCGCUCGAAAACUAAAGGAGAAGUGCCCCAAUGUCAAGAUAAUCGGUGUGGAUCCUGAGGGCUCUUCGCUGGUACAGACAGAAGAACAUGAAAGUGCUCAUUUUGAGGUUGAGGGUAUUGGAUAUGACUUUAUACCCACUGUUCUGGAUAGAUCUCUCGUAUACAAGUGGUACAAAUCAAGUGAUAAGGAAACGUUUAACAUGGCACGCAAACUAAUAAGAGAGGAAGGCCUUCUCUGUGGUGGAAGUUCUGGCUCAGCGAUGGCGGCGGCAGUGAAGAUGGCUCAGCAGCUGGAGGAGGGACAGCGCUGCGUGGUCAUCCUGCCAGACUCUGUUCGUAACUACAUGUCUAAGUUCUUGUGCGAUCAGUGGAUGUGUGAGAAAGGUUUCCUGGAGAAUCCAAGUGAGGUCAAACCCUGGUGGUGGGACCUGACCAUCCACAGCUUACACCUGUCCAACCCUCUGAUCAUUGCACCAUUCCUUUCCUGCCAAGAAGUCAUCAAGAUGCUGAGAGAGAAGGGCUUCGAUCAGGCGCCGGUCCUCGAUCAUUCUGGUGAACUCCUUGGGAUGGUGACGCUGGGAACCAUCAUGUCCAGUGUGCAGGAUGGAAAGGCCAAACUGUCAGAUCCUGUCAGCACGAUGCUCUGCAAGGACUUCAGACAGGUGCACCUGACAGACAAACUGGGGAAGUUAUCCUGCAUUCUCAAAACACAAACCUAUGCGCUGGUGGUGAACGAUCACACCAAGU